GUCAGUAACAUAGGUCUCCGGAAAUGUACCCUUUUAAAUGUCUUCACUUCCGGUGGCAUUACGCGCGUCUCCUGUAUUUGAGGCAGAGCAGAGGCAGUCAUGGCAGACGAGAAAUCAAAGGAGGGUGUGAAAACCGAUAAUGCCCACAUAAAUCUGAAAGUAACAGACCAGGAUGGCUCAGUGAUUCAAUUCAAAAUCAAGAGGCACACUCCCCUCAAAAAACUGAUGAAAGUAUAUUGUGAGAGACAGGGGCUAACAAUGCGGUAUAUUCGGUUCAAGUUAGAUGGGGACACAAUUAAUGAGACUGACACACCAGCUCAGUUGGAAAUGGAGGAUCAGGAUUCAAUUGAAGUAUUUCAGGAACAGACAGCGGGCCUGAUGUAAAUAACAACUUAACAACCUUCCAUCUCCACAAUCCUCCCUGUUUGCCGGGUUUUAUUUAUUUAUUUAUUU